AUGAUGAAUACAUUCGAUAUGAAUGAUGAUGAAUACUUUGGAGUGCUAGCAGAGAUGAUGAAUGCAUUUGAUAUGAAUAAUAAUGAAGCAAGUGCCGUGCAGAUUGAACAAGUAAGUUCAAAGCAUCUACAACCUAUCUACAAUAGCGAGCAGCCAGUCUCAACCACAAAGUCUAUGCCUCUUACCGUCUUUGAUAGGUUGGGAGAGGACCAACACGUAUCAACACUUUAUGCUUAUAAACCACCAAACCCAUCAAACACAUUGUUGGAACAAGGCCUUCGAAAAACCUUAUCGGAGUUCCGAGAAUGUGCUGGUAGGUUUGGUAAAGAUGAUAAUGGUCAAACUAUAAUUUUACUCAACGAUGAAGGGAUGAGGUUUACUGAGGCUUCCGCUAACUGCACCUUUGAUCAGGCGAUCCCUUUUACACCAUCCAUCUUACUAAAACUUAGUCCAAACCUUGAAGGAGCGGAAGAAAUUGCCCUAGUUCAGCUCACAAGAUUUACUUGCGGGACCCUAGUUGUGAGUUUCUCCGGACAGCAUAUUGUGGGUGAUGGACAGUCUAUGGUUUUUUUCAUGGUUGCUUGGUCUCAGGCAUGUCGUGGACUCGACAUCAACCCGCGUCCUCUGUGCAACAGGAAUAUAUUUGUUCCGAGAAAUCCAUUUAACAAUGAGUUCGAUCACAGAAGCGUUGAGAUUGUAAAGAGGAAGAGCAAAUAUUCGAUUCCGCUUCGUUACAAAGAAGAUUAUUUGGUGCAACAGGUUCUUCAUUGCACGCCCGAGUUCAUAGCCAAAAUUAAGAGUAAGGCUUCUUCUUUUUCAGAUGCUAAUGGUGUUCAUAGACCACAUAGCACCUUUGUGUGCUUGGUUGCGCAUUUAUGGACAGUGAUUACAAGGGUUCGGGGACUUUCUGAUUCUCAAAAAACAUACGUCAAGAUCUCAGUGAAUGGGAGGAGAAAGUUGAGACCUCGUAUUCCAGAUGAGUAUUUCGGCAAUAUGGUACUCUGGGCAUUCCCUGAAACUCAAGGAAAGAACCUUCGUGGAAACUCUUUGAGCCACGCAGCAGAGAUAAUACAAAAAGAGGUGAUGAAGGUGGACGGAAACUACUUCAAAUCUUAUAUAGAUUUUGCAAACGAAAAUUUGAAUGAUGAUGGUCUGACACCGCGGAAGGUAGUGCCAUCCUGCUGGCCCAAUAUGGAAAUCCAAAGCUGGCUUGGUUUUCCCAUCAAGGAAGUUGAUUUUGGUUCUGGUAAGCCUUUCAUGUAUAUGCCAUCAUUUGAUCCUGUGGAGGGUGAAACAUACAUAGUUCCUUCCAUUGCUGGUGAUGGAAGCAUAGACGUGUAUGUAACUUUGUUCCAGCAACAGCAAGCACUCUUCAAAGAAUUGUUCUACAACAUUUAUGGGCUUUCUUCCGCGCUGUAA